AUGAGUACACCCACGACACCAUCAUCACCAUCGUCUACCAGCGUAGACGCUGAAGCAGUUGAAAAUAUACACAGUGAACAUGUGCCACAAUACCCCGCGCCCUCAAAAUUAAAACAGGAGUUACGAAUUUGUAUUGAGGAAAUCAGACGAAGUGAACAAGAUCCAGUGAAAGUUUACAGUCAAAUCGCUAAAAUACGAGAUUGUUACUAUAAUAAAAAGACACAGCACUAUCGGAGAGAAAUAGGCGAUCUCCUGGCGGAUUGUGGGUACGCGUCGUGUUCUUAUCAAAUGCUAAAACAAUUGGCAAUGCGUGGUUUCUUUCCUGGGGGCGUGGAAAAAGUGACAAACCCUUUUUUGUGGCGUACGACAAGAUUUGUGUUGGAUAACGUUUGGAACUAUUCGGACGCUAGUCCUGACUUUGCUAAGGACUUGGCUCGAGGAAAGAUUUUAGAAGUCACAAAUGCAAUUCUAGAACGCUAUCAACAGAAGAAUCCAGACAAAAAAAGCAACCAGUACCAUUUACUGAAGGCUGCUUUAUGUAUUAUGAACAACCUUGCCCGUCGACCUGAAAACAAACAUGUAUUCAAGGAACACAAAUCGGAGAAAAAUGUUUUUGAAUUUAAAUUUUCACAUGACAAUUUCCUGAAAGUCUUAGCUCUCACAACUUUGGCGUUUAUAGUUGAUGCCAAACAAGCCCAGAAAUUGACGGAAGAUAACGAAACUAUUCAGACUAUCGUUCAUUGGAUGAAUCUGGCCAUAGAAAAGGACGAUUUUCAUCGUCUUAAAGAGGGUUUUACUGCUGCAGAAUUAGCGUAUGCUCUGGACAAACUUGCAAUUGAUGGUAACGCAGAGAAGAUCAUCGAAGCAAAGGCCUUAAAAUGUUUCUAUCGGAUGCUUUGUUCAGCUGAUGAAGACCAACAAAUUAAUGCGGCAAAAUGUGUCUGGACGUUGUCGUUUAAUGUGGAAGCUAGAAAAAGCAUCAAAGGAUAUAAAGAAUUAGUGAGCACACUUCAAAGAAUGUCCAAAGAAGAAACGAACAAAGAAUUGUUGCAGAACUUGAAUGGUGCAUUGUGGGUUCUCUUUGAGAAAGGGGAUGAGAUUCCCUCCACUGUAGACCAGCCUAAACAUCUGUUUAUCAGCUACUGCUGGAAUGAAAAGGAGACAGUCCGACGGAUCUGGCAAAGGCUUAGAGAGGCUGGUUAUAAAGUUUGGAUUGAUAUCGAGAGAAUGUCGGGUGAUAUAUUGGAAGCCAUGGCCUCAGCCGUGGAGAGCUCGUCAGUUGUCAUUAUGUGUAUCUCCGAGGGGUACAAACAAAGUCAAUGCUGCCGAACUGAAGCGGGGUAUACUUAUAAACGUAAGAAGGGAUUCAUACCUCUCCUAAUGCAAGCUCCUUAUAAUGCUGAUGGUUGGUUAGGGGCUUUGCUGAGUACUACUUUAUAUUUUGAUUUCAGCUCGGACAGUGAGGUCGCAUUCGACGAUAGUUUUAGAAACCUACUGAGAGAGCUCAAUAACAAAGGUGUUACGAUUAACACUGGAGAUUCGGUCGACAUGCCUCCAGAUUCCGGUGAUCUGUUAACCUACCCGAGACCUGCACCUCGUAAAAAUCUCUCACUCUCCAACAGUGAUCUAGCAGCUCUCUCCAUAUCUGACAUCGACCCAGACGUGCAAGCUUUUGCAGACAGCUUACCUUUGGCUCCUACGUCUCAACUUGAUCGUUCACCACAGUUACAUAUUCGAAGGCUUACAACACCAAUCCAGGCUGAGCUUUCACCAACCGCUGCUCUGUCUCCUACUACAUCCACAACCACUGUUGCUUCUUCAUCUCAAUCGUUACUGUCUGUACCUCGCAUCGGAGGUCCUCCAGAAUCAGUCACCAGGAUGAAAAAGAGCGAUGUUCGAGAUUGGCUGAAAGAAAACGAUCUGGAAGACAGUAUUCGACUUCUGAAACAUGUUGACGGGAAACUCCUAUGGCAGUUGAAGUGUAUGAAGGAAGAUGCGCCUCAAUUCUUUUACCAAUUUCUGCAAAAUCAACUGGAGUUUCCUCCCAUAUCAUUGUUGAAAUUCAGACAAGCUUUAGAAAACUUAAAAUAAAAUUAAAUGAAUGGAGUUUUACGUCCUACUUUAGAAAACUUAAAUUGACUCGUAAUUUUUGUUAUAUAUAAAAUUAUACUCUGAUUAAAAUGUAGAUCGCCAUUAAAUAUUUCCUUUCGCUUUUUGUGAUUAACAUUUAUUUUUAUUUUUAAAAUUGUAUUAAAGGGGCAGUAUGUAAAAUGUACAUUAUUAAACUUAUUGUAAAUAAAACCUGAAAAUAUUUCUAAA